AUGGACGUUGACGCACCAUCGCCAGCCAACACCUCAGUCUUCUCGGAACCCGUUGAUGAGACUUGCAUCCGUCUCCUCCGCUUCUCGCAGCCUGAAGAUGGCGUCUUCGUUGGUAAACUGCAGACGUUUCCCCUUGCCGGCGCUCCACACUACUACACAGCCAGCUAUGUGUGGGGUGAGCGUACGCAUCGAGGAACGAGCAUCAACCUGAAGACGGGGGCAUUGCCAGUACUUAGCAGUCUCACCCCGUUCCUGCACAUGGUCACUCGUCAUGGCGACUUCAAGCCCCUGGACUGGUGGUGGAUCGAUUCUCUGUGCAUCAAUUUGGACGACAGUCAUGAGCGCGGGAAGCAGGUGCGCAUCAUGGCAGACAUCUACAAGCGAGCAAAAAGAGCGGUCAUCUGGCUGGGCGAAGAGAAAGAAGAUGGCAGCAACUGCACAAAUGCCAUCGACUUUCUACACUAUCUGUCCAGCUUGCAAAUUGCAUUCAACGGCGACGACCACGCCAUGCGCAGCAACCUCGAGAACCCCGAGUUCACUGAGAAGUGCGCUGCUGUUAGCAAUCUGCUUGCCAGGCCCUGGUGGACACGUGUCUGGACGCUGCAAGAGUUCGUCCUCCCCAAAGAAGCCAAGCUGUAUUGCGGCAUGGCGAGCAUCAGUCGUGGAAGGUUCAAAAGUGGAAUCUACAGCAUUUUCCUUUGCAGCACCAUCAGCAACGAGUUCGAGCACGAGCUUGUCCCUCGCAAGCUGUUUGAUGGGGCGUUCAACCGCCGUCGCAUCCAUCAGUGGCAUACCAAACCAGCCUCGACUGGCAUCAAUUUGAUCGCUAUCAUGGCGUAUUUGGGCAAUCACUCCGCAACUGACAGCAGAGAUCGCAUAUACUCCGUUCUUGGCCUAAUUACCGAACAAGAUCGAGAUCUCAUUGGACCUGCUGAAUACUCCACUAACAUCGAGCAACAAUUCGCGAAGCUUGUUCGCUCGUUCUGGACCACACAUGGCUCUCUAGAUAUUAUUUGCUUUGCGCACCUGUUCAGCCGACAUGCUGCAGCUAGCGACCCAGGACCUGUCCGUGCAGUGCCAACCUGGGCCCCAGACUGGAGGACUACAAUCGACUUCGCAUCUCCUGUGCCGCUCAUGGCAAGCCAAAGUGCAAGCGAACACAUCGGUAAUUUCAGACCGUUGCGUUCGACCCGCUGGAAAGCAAUCUAUGACGCUCCGGGAUCGCAAUUAAGGAGGAAAGCGGACGUUACGUUCUCUGAGAGUUUGAAGGAACUCUGUUGUAACGGUGUUGUACUGGACAUCGUACACGGACUUGGUGGACUAGACACGCAAGAAUUACGGUGCCAAAGCUUCGUCUGUAACGAGUCUGGGCAUAAUCUCACGCAGUCUGGGGAAGAACAGCGUAGCGCUCCAAGAGCCACAAUGCAGCCUAUGGACUGGCUCGAAGCUGUCGCACGCUCCCUAGUCGUCGACCGGCAGGACAAAUACUUGUGCUUUCAAGCACCGGUGCACUACGUCACCGACUUCCUCUUUCUCUGCCAUGCCUGCAUCGACGGCGACCCGGUUGACUGGAGUUUCUUGACGUGGUUUGAGCACAACAGGCAGCUAAGGAUCGGCAGCACCACCCUGCAAGGGCUUGUCAACCUGGUCCGUUCCGAGGUCACGUCGCCACCCCCGACAUUGCAUCGACCUCCUUCGCACCCUAUGCACCGACUGAACGACAAACCAGACACGUUCUUGUCCCGCUUUCAUGAUACGGUGCGAAAGAAGGCACGUAGAUUGAUGAUCACCGAGCAAGGUUACCUUGGUAUGGCGCCGUGUCGUGCAAGACCUGGCGACGUCGUGGCCAUUCUAUACGGGUGCAGCAUUCCGCUUGUUCUGAGAAAACACUUGCUGCAAGACGCAUGGCAGGUUGUUGGUGAAGGCUACGUGCAUGGCUACAUGAACGGGGAAGUUGCAGCUUUAGUUAAGAGAGGGACAAAAGCUACACAGAGACUAAGACUCAUAUGA